AUGGAAACAAAGCAGGAGAAUUGCACUGUCAUCACUGAAUUCAUUCUUGUGGGGUUAACAGAUGCUCCAGAGCUGAGAAUGUUCCUCUCCCUUUUAUUUUUUCUGAUAUAUGGAUUCACCAUUUUGGGAAACCUGGGCAUGAUUGCCCUGAUACAAGUCAGCUCACAACUGCACACUCCCAUGUACUUUUUCCUCAGCCAUUUGUCCUUUGUGGAUUUUUGCUACUCCUCCAUCAUUGUGCCAAGGAUGCUACCUAAUAUCUUAAAACAGGAGAAAGCUAUCUCCUUCCUGGGAUGCAUGGUGCAAUUCUACUUCUUUUGCAUGUUUGCAAUCACAGAUGUUUUCCUGUUGGCUGUAAUGGCCUAUGACCGUUUCCUAGCCAUCUGUAGUCCAUUGAUGUAUUCAGUCAAUAUGUCAGAAAAUCUCCAGAUGCUCCUAGCUUCUAGUUGUUACCUCUGUGGGUCUUUCUGUUCUCUGGUCCACCUGUGUUUAGCUCUUAAAAUUCCAACCUAUAGAUCAAAUGUGAUUAAUCACUUCUUCUGCGAUUUGCCUCCAAUCCUUUCUAUUGCUUGUUCUGACAUCAGUCUGAAUGUCCUUGUGGUGCACAUUGUGGCCACAUUCAAUGAGAUUGUCACCAUGUUCAUCAUAUUCACCUCCUAUUUGUUUAUUCUUGUCACCAUCCUGAGGAUGCGCUCUGCUGAGGGAAGACGCAAAGCCUUUUCUACCUGUGCCUCCCACCUCACAGCCAUUAUUGUGUUCCAAGGAGCAGUCGUUUUCGUCUACUGCAAACCCAGUUCUGGUAACUCUGCAGACAUUGAUAAAGUGGCCACAGUGUUAUACACGGUAGUGAUCCCUAUGUUGAACCCCCUUAUCUAUAGUCUGAGGAACAAGGAUGUGAAAGCAGCUGUAAAGAAAUUGUUAGGAUCUAAAUUACUUAUAAAAAGUCACUUUGUAACCUAG